AUGUUUGUAUCUCAAAUGACAAAAAAGAACAAUCCGAAUCACAUCAAGAGACCAAUGAAUGCUUUCAUGGUAUGGUCUCAGAUCGAGCGCAGAAAAAUCUGUGAAGUAAGUCCAGAUAUGCACAACGCCGAGAUCUCCAAAAAGCUGGGCAGGAGAUGGAAGCAACUUAACGAUGAGGAACGUCAGCCGUUUAUCGAAGAAGCCGAACGCCUACGUCAAUUACAUCAGAAAGAGUACCCUGACUACAAAUACCGUCCCAGAAAGAAAAGUACCAAGCCAACUCCCAAACCCAGUUCUUCAAAGAAAAACAAGAAAUCAUCCAAGUUGCAUAAAAAUGAUACAAAUAAUAAUAGCUCCAUAGUCAAUGAAAAGAUUUACGCCAGACGUAGCACAGUGCCUGAAUCGGUGGCAUCGAAAUUGAAAUUUAGGUUGACCAAUGUUGCAGAGCAAAGGCAGCUCAAUAGGAUAGUCGAAACAGAAGAACAUAUAAGACAGAGCAUGCCCUUGCCUCCGAUGAGCUUCCUGGCUAAAGUACCGUCGAGUCCUUCAUGUGAUACUCCAGAUUCACCAGAAAGUGCUACUAUUUAUGACGAUACCUGGGUCAGCCAGUUCACCACAGUAAAAGAAGAGCCUGAAGAUAGGUUGUCCCAUCCACAGAUUACUCCAGCCUCCUUAGACGAUUUAGACAGGAUCGACGACCUAUUACCAAUGGAUGGGAUCAAUCUUGAAGAAUUAGCGGAUAUCGAUACCAACUUCGAUACUGCUUCAAAUAGUUCCGGAUCACACCUAGAUUUCUCAUGUCCCAAGGAUAUCCCCAUGUUCUCUAACAUCGAAAACGAAACAUGGGCCGAAAUGCAAACCGAGGCAUUUUUAAUGUGAGGAAGAGACUAAGACUGUUUUUGAGAUUUUACUGUGUGUGGAGGCACAAUUAUACUGUUAAUAUUUUGGGGUUGGUCCUCAUUAUAUAGAACGAUGGCCACAUCGACAGUUUUUAUAUUGUUAUAAAUAUUCUUAACCCCAAACAUUGAUCUCAUUUUGCGUUUAUUAUUUUUGUAUUUAUCAUUACGAUGUAUUACCAGAAUCUAACAGUUUUACGUAAGACAGUCAUUUUAGAUCGAGAAUGCUAUUAUAUUUAAACUGCCACUGAAAAUCGCAUUCCCAAGGGAUCUGUAUAUAUAAAUAUUUUUAUGUAAACGUGUUUGUGACGAAAUAAAUGGUUCUGGUAGUCAGAUUUGUCGAAAUUUUUAAAUGCAACUGGAUGUAUAUCUUAAUUAUUUAUUUACUCAUUUGUUUCUUAUUUCAUUGAGUACAUUCAUAUAUUUGUAGCUUACCUAGCAUUUUGGUACGCUUAAUGCUAUUUUCUUAGUCAGUAAAAUUGGGAUUGUAGAUAUAUGCAUUUAUUUACAAAGCUGAACAUUUCAAUCAUGCACCUUGCCUACUAAAUUGGCAUUCAUCCCUGUUUUGCUCUUUCUUCCCAACCAUCAAUUAUAUCUUUUCGGAGAUUUUUCUACACGCUAUUAAACCUUUUUUGUCUAAAUCGUCCUUCUUUUCGUGAUUGGACCCCGUUUUAGAAUCAUCUUUGGCUACUUCUUCCUUUCCAUUCUCAUCACAUGUUCUUCCAUCUCACUCAGUGCUUUUAUGAAGUGACUGAUGCUUUUUUCGUUAUAUAGUUCCUGUAGUUCCUUGUUUCUUUGCCAUACACAACCUUCCACCGUGUUUUCCUCCAUAUAUAACCCAUUUUUCCAAUUUCGACCUAUUUACUUUUUUUCAUUGCCCAUACUUCACUACCAUACAACACUGUGGGCCUUCACCAGUGGUCUUCCCUGUCAUCUUAUGUUUCUGUUUCCAUUGGCUAAUCUAGCAUUGCCUGGAUGCAUUUAUUCCUUCUAAGCUUUCCCUUCUAUCUUACUCUGUGAUUUUAUGAAGUGACUAAUGCUUCGUUCGUUAAUACAGUUCCUCUAGCUUCCUGUUUGCUCGCUGCACACAAUCUUU